AUGGUCCAGGGUCUGCGAGACGAGCUGACAGAAUCAAUUCGCCUCCGCUUGAGAGCUGAUGUUCCGAUUGGCAUUUACCUUUCGGGUGGUAUCGACUCGUCUCUGGUUGCCGGGAUAGUAACUCACUUGGUACGAGAUGAGGGCAUCAAAAUUGGCAGCAAAGACGCGACAAGCCGGAUCAGCUGUUUCACAAUUCAAUUCCCCAAGGAAUCUGGAUUUGAUGAAAGCGAGAACUUUGCCGACUGCACUUAUCACUGCGAGCAUCACCACUUCGACUUAAACUGCGUCGGAAAGUUUGCUCUCUCGACCUUGCCGAAUGCAAACGGAGUCAAAGUUGUGUUAACCGGGGAGGGUGCCGACGAACACUUUGCCGGAUACGCAUUCUUCCCUCCAGAUUUGCUUCGCGAGCCCGACCUUUCCAUGCCGGACUCGCCGUUAGUAGCCGACUCGCAGCUCAGAGAACAUAUGCAAAGAUCCACUGAGCGGGAUAUCAAGAUGCUCAUCCCCCGUGCCGGCGCUUUUGAGCACGGUUGGGAGGCAACGCCGGGCAUUCAAAUGGUCAAUAACACCAUUCUUCCCCCAUGUAUCCUGGCAUGGCACCCCAACCUUGACUUGUUCGCGCCAUGGGUACGGGAGGACAAGCGAUGGGCCAACCUCGACUGCAAGGAAGUCAUAGUGAAGUCCUUCAAGCCGUCGAUACUGCAAAAGAUGCAGAGAAAGUGGCAUCCACUCCACACAGCCCAGUACAUAUACAGCAAGGGCCCUCUACCGAAUAUUCUACUAAGUUGUCUCGGUGACUUGACAGAGAUGUCUCAUAGUGUGGAGGCUAGAACACCAUUCCUCGACCACAAGCUAACAGGAUACGUCAACAACUUACCUCCCAGUCUUAAGAUGGCCUACACACCCGACAAGAUACCCCCUGAGCGACAUCAAGGUCCUUGGUGGGAAGGCAUUGGCGUCGCGUCACAAGCCUUGACCGAGAAGUGGAUCCUCCGAGAGGCAGCUAAACCAUUCAUUCUCAAAGAGUUGUAUGAGCGGCAGAAGCACCCAUUCACAGCCCCUAUCAAGUGGUCUAGGGGUGGACCGCUUCACGACAUGCUUCAGAAUACUCUGACCAGAGAAAGAGUAGAGAAUCUUGGAUUCGUUGAUUAUAAGAUCGUAGAGGAUGCGCUUGAUCGUGGCUCUGGUGAGAAGGCAGAUGUCAAAGCCUUCAGGAUACUGCAUCGAGAGUAG